AUGCUAAUCAAGAAAUUAAGUAACAUCAUUGCUAAGUAUAGAUUCUCCAAAGAAACUCUCGAUUUUGCAAAAUCUACUCCCCCCAAGUAACAACUCGCUUCACAACCUGUCAAUUGUAUGGUCUUACAUCCAGUCUUCUAUCCCAACAAAGGACCAGAAUUGGAAUUGUAUAUGGCUGAGGAAGCAAUUGGCUUAUCAAAAUCAUUGAAUUGGACUCUAGAAUAAGGACCUCUCUGGAAACAAGAAUAUACUCAGGAUAUCAGAAGAAGUCAAGGCAAAAUUGAUGAAGACGAAGAAAAUUAAGGAGAUCAAUCAAAAGAGUAAAAUAAAGUAUAAGACUUUCAAAUGAAUGAAGAUGAUCUAGGUCAUGAGUGGAGAAAUAAAAUUAUCAGAAAUUCAAUUGCAAAAUCAUCACUUGUCAAAAUACCUCGAAUUCAUUCAACCACAUUCUUUACAAAAGGUAAGCUAGCCAUGUUGGGAUAACACAUUCAAUCCAAAAAAAUUAAUGCCGUCUUCAUAAAUCAUGAAUUAACACCCUUAUAAACUAGAAACCUAGAAAAACUAUGGACUCAAUAUUCAAGAGGAGAAAUUACAUCGGCCAUUAAGGAAGAUAUUAAUGAGAAUAAUGAAAGCACUGAAAAUAUACCAGAUGAAAUUGAUUCUGAUAGUGAAUUUGAAGGUCUCUCUGUAAAAGUGUUUGAUCGAUUCACUAUGAUUUUAUAAAUAUUUGCCAAAAGAUCCACACAAGGUGUUUCCAGAUUAUAGAUUGAAUUGUCGUUUCUCAGAUUUGCCAAAACUAAAUUAGUAAGAAGUGGAAGUGCCUUUGUAUCACUCUCAUCAAUCUUCAAAGGAGAUCUCAUGAUGGCUAAGGAAGUGUAUGUUGAAGUUGUAUCAGCCAAGCAAAGAAGGGCCUUAGGGAAAAUGAGUGGAUCAGGAGAGAGCGAACUCUAAUUAUAAAGAAGACUUAUAGACGAUAGGAUUGCUAAAGUCAAAAAACUUAUUGAAGAAGAAUGUUAAUAACGAUCCAAAAUUAAACGCAAGAAGCUUAUUCACACUGUUCCCAGAAUUGCAUUGAUUGGAUACACUAAUGCUGGUAAGUCUUAAUUAUUAAACUGUAUAUUAUAAAAGGAUGUAGUCUAGAGUAAAGAUUUACUCUUUUAGACUUUAGAUACAACCUCAAAAUCUAUUAGAUUAGCCUCUGGGUAGAAAGCUAUUAUGCUCGAUACCAUUGGAUUCAUUACAGAUCUACCACAUGAUUUAGUAGAAUCCUUUAAGUGUACCCUUGAAGAAGUAGAAGAUGCUGAUAUUGUUUUACACAUUAGAGAUAUAUCUCAUCCUUGUACAGAGUAAUAAAAAUAAGUUGUCCUUGAUGUCCUUAAGGAAUUAGGGUUUAAUCAAGAUUUCUACAAUAAGAAAAUGAUUGAAGUAUGGAAUAAAAUCGAUUUGAUGAGCUAUCCUAUUGAUUAUGAGUUCAUUGAAUCUUAGGAUUAUCCAAUAGUGCCUGUAAGUGCAUUAAUGAAUAUCAAUAUCAAAAAGUUGCUGUAAGUAAUGGAGGAAAAAUCAAAUCAAAUUUUGAAUAAGAAAUUAUACAGAAUUAGAUAUAAUAUAGAAUAGCAUUUCGAAAGACUUAGAUGGUUAUAUGAUAAUGGUAACAUUUCAGGAGUUAAGAAUGAAAUGUAAAUACCUCCUAUCAAGAAAGGGGAUCCAACAAUAAUGGAAUACGAUGUCAUUUUAGAUGAAGUCACUUACAAUAGAUACAUAGCAACAUUUUAACCUGAAAUGAGAGUUAAAAAAAAUAAAGGCAUGCCUCCUUCAAAUUGGAAAUGA